AUGCGCCAGCAGUUCUACAAGGACAACCGCAUAGUCCCCUUGGGGAUUAUGCUGUUGACGUUCUUUGUCUUUGUCUAUCAUUUUGAACUGCAUCGUCAGGACCCACAAGGCGCGAUCACCGCGGCCGCUGUUCCGAACACAUUCGUUGAACCGUCACGCCUGGAGAAUUCAGAUCCCAAUCCUAGCUCCAACUAUGCGGAUGAAGCUGUUGACCAGCCCAUUCACCAUGUCGUUCCCUCGCCAAUUCCGUCCGCCAAACUUACAAGCUCUCCUUCCUCUUCUUCCAGUCAUUCUCUUCACCCGCCGACAGGCUUGACCACCGACGAUGUGGUCCUGAUGUUCAAAACUGGCGCGUCCGUCCUGUGGAAGCGCGUUCCUAUCCACAUGGCCACCACAUUCGCUCCUCACCGCAUCAACUCCGACAACAUUCUCCUAUAUUCCGAUCACCGCGAAACCAUCGGACAGUGGGAAAUCAUCGAUAUACUCGCUAACACGUCCGACAAAGUCCGCAACUCAGAACCCUUCCAACCGUACCUCCAGCAAGAGGACUACGAAUCGCGUCAGGUUUAUGCCGAAGUUUCCAACAUGCCUGGCGACGCCGAUGGACCGACUGGGGGUUGGAAACUCGACAAAUACAAGUUUCUGCCCAUUGUCCAGCAUGCGGGGCGCAACAAGCCUCAUGCCAAAUGGUACAUCUUCAUGGAAGACGACUCCUACAUUUUCCUCCCCAAUCUUCUCCACCACUUGGAAAAAUUCAACCACAAGGACCCAUGGUACCUGGGCAGUCUGUCCUGGACCCAUGGUGACUACUUUGCUUAUGGUGGUUCUGGCUUUGCGCUGUCCCGGGGUGCCUGGGAGAAGAGCUUCGGCACCGACCCGCAGAUUGUGGAGAAAUACCAAGAAUUCACGAAGGAGCAUGGCUGCGGAGAUCAUAUCCUGGGCCACGUCUUGCACGAAUACGGCGUGCAAUUUGGCGAGACCGCUGACGACAGUCGGCUCCGCUUUGGGUUCAACCCCGAAUCGCACUGGUCGACCUGGUAUCAGCCCGCCAAUUGGUGCAAGCCAGUGUAUAGCUGGCAUCACACGCACGGCAAAGAUGUUGCCAGAUUCUACAAUCUGGAGCAGUCCUGGGACUUUGAGAAGGGUCCGUUGAGAUAUCGAGACAUUUACGAGGCGCUGGUCGCCCCGUACCUACGCCCCCGCGCAGAGUGGUGGGAUAAUUGGUCAGGCAAAUACGAGAUCAAGUCCAGCAUGGCCGCAGACGCAGAACCACCCAGCACGGUCGAAUCCAUUGAGACGUGGCGCAGGGCCUGGAAGUCUGUGGACAGCUGCGAGGCCGCUUGCAUAGCUUGGGCUGACUGCGUGCAGUGGUCCUUCUACGAAGACCGGUGUAAGAUGGACAGUAUGGUUCUCCUGGGCAAUGGCAUUCCUGAAGGCGAUUCCAGACGGCAGACUAGCCUGCCGUGGGUCAGCGGAUGGCUGUCGAGUCGGAUUGAAAACUGGGCUUGCGAAGAAUGA